CAAAGCCUUCUGUGGUGGCACCCCCGGACAGAGCUUCGUAGCAGCCGUUGACCCUGCAAGAGAAGGCCUCUGCUUUACAUCCUCCCGUUUGCUUCCUAGAGGGACCAAGCUGUGCGUGGUCACAACAGCUCUGUCCUGCCCGUCUGGCAGCCAUGGCAGCUUCUGCAGCCAGAGUGUCCAAACAGCAUGCCGAAUCGGAGGGGCUUGGCUCCAUUUGGAACGCCGUGAAGUACCUGAACCAGGACUUUGAAGCCCUGAGGAAGCAAUGCCUGAAGUCAGGAACUCUGUUUAAGGAUGUGGAAUUUCCGGCAUGCCCUUCGGCUCUAGGGUUUAAGGAUCUGGGACCCUACUCACCGCACACGCGAGGCAUUGUCUGGAAGCGGCCCACGGAGUUAUGCCCCAACCCCCAGUUUAUUGUUGGUGGAGCGACCCGCACAGACAUCCGCCAGGGGGACCUUGGUGACUGCUGGCUCUUGGCAGCCAUCGCCUCCCUCACCCUGAAUGAAGAGCUGCUAUAUAGGGUGGUGCCCAGGAACCAGAGCUUCCAGAAGGACUAUGCAGGAAUCUUCCACUUCCAGUUCUGGCAGUAUGGAGAAUGGGUGGAUGUUGUCAUUGAUGACAGACUCCCCACCAGAAAUGGAAAUUUGCUUUUCCUGCACUCAGAAGAAGGCAGCGAGUUCUGGAGUGCCCUGCUGGAGAAGGCUUAUGCCAAGCUCAAUGGAUCAUAUGAAGCUCUCACAGGAGGGUCCACAGUGGAGGGGUUUGAGGAUUUCACAGGUGGCAUCUCAGAGUUUUAUGAGCUGAAGAAGGCUCCCUCCAAUCUGUAUCAGAUCAUCCAGAAGGCCUUGCGCUCUGGAUCCCUGCUCGGCUGCUCCAUCGAUGUCAGCAGUGCAGCAGAAACAGAAGCAGUCACCAGCCUGAAGCUGGUGAAGGGGCAUGCUUACUCCGUCACUGGGGCUGAAGAGGUCCGGCACCAUGGCCGCCCAGAGAAGCUGAUCAGACUCCGCAAUCCGUGGGGUGAAGUGGAGUGGACCGGAGCCUGGAGUGACAAAGCUCCAGAAUGGAAUUUCAUUGACCCCAAGCAGAAGGAGGAGCUGGACAAGCAGAUGGAAGAUGGAGAAUUUUGGAUGUCUUUUACAGAUUUUCAGCGACAAUUCUCUCGGCUGGAGAUCUGCAACUUGUCCCCCGACUCCCUGUCCUGUGAGGAGGUGCACAAGUGGGGCUUGACCUUGUUCAAUGGCCGCUGGAUCCGGGGCUCCACGGCUGGAGGCUGCCAGAACUACCCAGCCACGUAUUGGACCAAUCCCCAGUUCAAAAUCUGUCUGGAUGAGGCAGAUGACGACCACAGAAGGAGUGUGGGUGACCCCUGCUGCACUGUGCUGCUGGGCCUGAUGCAGAAAAACCGCAGAAGGCAGAAGAGGAAGGGCCAAGGGUUGCUCAGGAUCGGCUACUCGAUCUACCAGCUGGAGAACCACUCCGACAGGCACCUGGGGCAGGAUUUCUUCCUGGGCCGCCGCCCCUCAGCAAGCUCGGACUCCUAUGUCAAUCUGCGGGAAGUCUCCGGCCGUGUGCAGCUGCCCCAGGGAGAGUACCUGGUGGUACCCUCCACUUUGGAGCCAUUUAAGGAUGGAGAGUUCUGCCUGAGAGUGUUCUCAGAGAAGAAAGCCAAGUCUCUGGAAAUUGGAGAUGUGGUGGUAGGAAACCCACAUGAGCCUCAUCCUCAUGAUGCAGACAAGGAAGAGGAAAAGUUCAAGAGCCUGUUUGAGAAGCUGGCUGGGGAGGACUCCAGGAUCCAGGUCCAUGAGCUCCGGGAUAUUUUGAAUGAGACUUUUUCCAAACGAGCUGACUUAAAAUUUGAUGGAUUCAGUCUCAACACCUGUAGGGAAAUGAUCAGCCUUUUGGAUAGUGAUGGUUUGGGUGAUUUGGGACUCCUUGAAUUCAAGACACUCUGGCUCAAGAUUUUGAAGUACCAGGAAAUCUUUUUGGAAGUGGACACCAACCACUCAGGGACCAUCAGCGCCCAUGAGAUGCGGACGGUCAGGGACAUAUUCUUCAGGAUGAGGAUUGACUCUCCUCGGGGUUUGGGCUUUACCCUCAGCAACAAGGUGCAGGAGGUCAUCACCGUGCGUUAUGCCUGUAUUGAUCUCAGCAUGGACUUUGACAGCUUCGUGGCCUGUUUGAUCCGCCUGGAGACACUCUUCAAAAUGUUCAAACUUCUGGACAAGGACCAGAGAGGAGUCAUCCAGCUCUCUUUGGCUGAGUGGCUGUUCUGCGCUCUAGUCUGAAUCAUCGUUUUGGAUGUCUUUGGAGCUCCCUGCCUGUCCGUGCCCUCUCUCUUCCCACUUGUAUUUGAAUUUUAGAUGCAAAUCAUGCUAAAUGGGUGUUCUUUCGGAACCCGUGUCUGCAAGGAUUCUUUACCUUUCCGUUCAGGUGGUCUGAUAGCAGACUCUGUUCUGAUUGAAUGGAAUUGCCUGAAUUCAAGCCAGUGAAUCAAUGUGGUUAGAAGAGUAAACUAAACAGAAAUUAAAUGGAUCUUGCCAUCGUCUUA